CGCCCGUCUGGCCGCGCCCUUCCUGCCGUCUUUCCCUUUUUUUGCCGUCCCCGCAGAGGCUGAAGCGUUCUUUCGCCGCCGUCCUCGCCGCUGCCGUCGACCCUGCUGCUGCCGCCUUCGACACAGGAAGAAGGGAAGCGAAGCGCGUCGUAUGUCCGCUAUCCAGAACCUCCACUCCUUCGACCCCUUUGCUGAUGCAAGUAAGGGUGAUGACUUACUUCCUGCUGGAACUGAAGACUACAUCCAUAUAAGGAUCCAGCAGAGGAACGGCAGAAAAACCCUCACCACUGUCCAGGGCAUUGCCGAUGAUUAUGAUAAAAAGAAAUUGGUGAAGGCCUUCAAGAAGAAGUUUGCCUGUAAUGGUACUGUGAUUGAGCACCCAGAGUAUGGAGAAGUGAUUCAGCUUCAGGGGGACCAGCGUAAGAACAUAUGUCAGUUCCUUGUUGAGAUUGGACUGGCUAAAGAUGACCAGCUGAAGGUUCAUGGGUUUUAAGUAUCCGUGGGCCACUGAAAUCUCAAGGGAGGAGGCUUCCCUGCGAUGAGAGAACUUUGUGUCCCAUGUCACUAGUUUAAAAACAAGCCAGCUUGCAUAAUGUAAUCACAUCAGGUUUCCUUUUAGUCUAGACUAGCGUAACUCAGCAAUGUAAUAAACUGACAAAGAGCCCA